AUGCUUAUUAUACUUGAUAUACAAGAAUUUGAAAUACCAGAAUUUUAUCGCUUUGCCGGAGAAACGUCAAAGGCAAUGGGAAAUCGAUUUGAACUGUUUUGUGUUGAGUUGUUGAAAAGAUAUUUUGAACGAUUAGGCAUUAGAGUUACACAUACUGG